UUCUUUCAUUUUUCUCACUCACUCUCUCUCUCUCAAGUUUCAUAUUAACUUUUCCUCUUACAAAUAUUCCUUCAAUUAUAUAAUUUAGCUAUUUAUCUUUCUGCUGAAACUCAACAAUGUCAACCUAAUAAAUUUGUUUCCUCCAUUUCUUUCUGCUGAGUUCUUUCUUUCUUCACAGUGAAAACUGGAUGCGGCCGAACCCCGAAAUGAUUAGUUCUUUAUAGACGGAAAUAUAUAUUUUUUUUUUGGCCAUUGUUUGUCCUGAUAAGGAAAAAAAAUGGAGAAAAUAGUAGAAGAGGAGGAAGAACACUCGAUUUCCUCAUGGAGAGAUAAAAAGAGAAGAAAAGAGGUAAGCCUUUCUUGCAUGUUAAACACUGAACUCAGUGCUGUUCUUGCCGUGAUUCGUCGGCCUCAAGAUUCUUCAGGUUCUAUGAUUCCUCAAGAAGAUACCUUUGACGUUGGCAUUCUCCAUUCUUUAAAAUCUCUGCGAGCUCUCAUCUUCAAUCCCCAGCAAGAAUGGAGGACUGUAGAUCCUUCUGUUUAUAUCUCCCCAUUUCUCGAUGUGAUACAAAGUGAUGACAUCCCUGCAAUGGCUACAAAUGUUGCUCUUGCAGCCAUUGCAAAGAUUCUCAAGCUCCAUAUAUUUGAUGAAAAAACUCCCGGAGCUAAAGAUGCUAUUAAUUCAGUUGUGAUGGGGAUCACGAGUUGUCGCCUGGAGAGAACAGAUACUGUUACUGAAGAUGCAAUCAUGAUGAGAGUUCUUCAGGCUUUAACAUCUAUCAUCAAACACAGAGCUUCAGUCUUGCUCACAGAUCAAGCCAUUUGCACUAUUGUUAAUACAUGUUUUCAAGUUGUUCAAAAAUCCACAAAUAGAGCUGAUUUGCUUCAACGUGGUGCAAGGUUUGCAAUGAGGGAAAUGAUAGAGAUAAUCUUUGCUAGAUUGCAGAAUGUAGAGGUGAGAAUUGGGGAGGAUUCUGAAUCCGAUACUGAGGAUAUCGACAUUGACAGCACUAUGGAUUCAGGAUAUGGAAUUCGUUGUGUGAUUGAUAUAUUUCAUUUCUUGUGUUCUUUGCUUAAUGUUGUUGAAGUUGUAGAGAUAGAUGGAGUCCCAUCUCAUGCAGUUGAUGAGAAUGUUCAGAUUUUCGGAUUGGUUUUGAUAAAUUCUGCAAUAGAGUUGAGUGGAGAUGUCAUUGGCAAGCAUCCAAAACUUUUGAGAAUGAUCCAAGAUGACUUGUUUCAUCAUUUGAUUCAUUAUGGAACGUCUGCUAGCCCACUCAUGCUAUCUAUGAUUUGCAGUACUGUGUUGAAUUUCUACCAUUCUCUUCGCAGGUUCCUUCGUGUUCAAUUAGAAGCAUUUUUCGAGUUCGUAUUGCUGAAAGCUGCAGCUGCAGCGAGUUCAUAUCAGCUUCAAGAAGUUGCACUUGAAGGGAUUAUAAAUUUUUGCAGACAGCCAUGUUUCAUAAUUGAAAUGUAUGUGAACUAUGAUUGUGAUCCAACUUGUAGAAAUAUAUUUGAAGGGAUUGGGAAAUUGCUUUGCAAGCUCUCCUUUCCAGGAUCUAGUCCUUUGAGCUGUAUGCAAGUUCAAGCUUUUGAAGGAUUGCUAAUCAUAAUUCACAACAUUGCAGAUCAUGUUGACAGAGAAGAUGAUUCAAGCCCUUCUGGACCAUACCCAGUUGAAAUUACAGAGUAUAAACCUUUCUGGGAAGAGAAGCCAAGAGAAUAUUCAGAUUCUUGGGUGGAAUAUUUAAGAUUCAGAAAAGCACAAAAGAAGAAAAUAAUGAUUGCAGGGGAUCAUUUUAGUAGAGAUGAAAAAAAAGGCCUUGAAUAUCUAAAGCUUUGUCAAUUGAUUUCUGAUCCACCAGAUCCAAAGGCUUUUGCUAUCUUCUUUAGGCAUACACCAGGAUUAGACAAAAACUCGAUUGGCGAUUAUCUUGGUGAUCCUGAUGAUUUUCACAUGCAAGUUCUUAAAGAUUUCACAGAAACUUUCAUGUUUUCUGGGAUGAUUCUUGAUACUGCUCUUCGUACUUAUCUUGCAACCUUCAGAUUGCCAGGAGAAUCCCAGAAGAUUCAGCGAAUUCUUGAAGCUUUCUCUGAGAGGUUCUAUGAUCAACAAUCUUCUGAUACUUUUGCUAGCAAGGAUGCUGUUUUCAUUCUUUGUUACUCCCUUAUCAUGCUCAAUACAGAUCAACAUAAUCCUCAAGUGAAGAAGAAGAUGACAGAGGAGGAGUUCAUCAGGAACAACAGAGCCAUCAAUGGAGGGCAAGAUCUUCCUAGAGAGUAUCUCACUGAGCUUUUUCAAUCAAUAGCAACAAAUGCAAUCACCCUUUUUGGUCAGUCUGGUCCAGUGGAGAUGAACCCGGGAACCUGGGUUGAGCUAAUGAAUAGAUCCAAAUUUAUUCAGCCAUUUAUCUUGUGUGAUUAUGAUCGUCGGCUAGGGAGAGAUAUGUUUGCAUGCGUUGCUGGUCCAUCAGUUGCAGCACUUUCUUCCUUCUUUGAGCAUACUGAUGAUGAUGAAAUGUUGCGUGAAUGCAUUGGAGGAUUGAUUUCAGUAGCUAGAGUAGCUCAGUAUGAUCUUGAAGAUAUCCUUGAUGAGCUUCUUGCUUCUUUCUCUAAGUUCACAACAUUGCUAAAUCCUUAUGCUUCUGCAGAAGAAACAUUAUUUGCUUUCAGUAAUGAUAUGAAGCCAAGAAUGGCUACUCUUGCAGUUUUCACCAUUGCCAACAACUUUGGAGACUCCAUUAGAGGAGGCUGGAGAAACAUUGUUGAUUGCUUAUUGAAACUCAAAAAGCUUAAGCUUCUUCCUCAAUCUGUGAUUGAAUUUGAUGAAACUGCAGCUUCAUCAUCCGAUGGCCUCAGAAAUAAGAGAAACGAAUCAGGAAUAUCAUCCUCUUGUGAUUCUAGAGUCAGUACACGUCGGAGUGCUGGGAUGAUCAGCCGUUUCUCACAUUUUCUAUCACUAGAGAGCAUGGAAGAAUCAAUCUCUCUGGGGAUGGGAGAAUUUGAGCAGAAUCUGAAGGUCAUUAAACAAUGUCGUAUUGGAGGCAUCUUCAACAAUAGUUGUAAUAUGCCUGAUGAUGCAUUGCUGAAUCUUGGGCGUUCUCUAAUAUUUGCAGCUGGUGGAAAAGGCCAAAAAUUCAGUAAUCCAGUAGAAGAGGAAGAAACAGUUGGGUUCUGUUGGGAUUUGAUCAUUGCCAUUUGUUUAGUCAACAUUAAUAGAUUCCAUAAUAUUUGGCCUUCUUUCCAUGAAAAUCUAUUAGGAGUUGCUCAGUUUCCUCUCUUUUCACCAAUCCCAUUUGCUGAAAAGGCCAUUUUAGGCCUUUUCAAGGUUUGUAUCAGGCUUCUUUCUUCACCCAGAGCUGAGAAACUCGCUGAAGAAGCCCUCUUCAAAUCCAUAAAUCUUAUGUGGAAGCUUGAUAAAGAAAUCCUCGACACAUGCUGUGAGUUCAUAAUCAAGUCUAUAAGCAAGAUUAUCAUUGAAUAUCCUGCAAAUUUACAGACAAAUCUUGGCUGGAAAUCAUGUCUUCAUUUGUUGUCUGUCACUGGCAGACACGCAGAAACAUAUGAACAAGGUGUUUACACUUUGAUCACACUCAUGUCUGAUGGAACCUACGUGUCGCGGAUCAACUACGCAUAUUGUGUUGAUUGUGCAUUUGGUUUUGUUGCACUAAAAAACAGUCCAUUAGAGAAGAAUCUGAAGAUCUUAGACCUUUUAUCAGAUUCUGUGAAGUUACUGAUUCAAUGGUACAAAGAAUACUCAGAUUCAGGGAGCAAUUUCAGUGCAGCAAGCAGUGCAAGUAAUUCAUCAAUGGAUGACAGCUCCAAAGGUUUUGCUUCUCCAAAUUUUGCUAUGAACUUCUUCAUCAAACUUGGAGAAGCAUUCAGAAAAACAAGCUUGGCAAGACGAGAAGAGAUAAGAAACCAUACAAUCUUAGCUCUGCAGAAAAGCUUUGCUUUAGCUGAUGAACUCGAUUUCUCACCACUCAACUGUAUCAACUGUUUUAACUUAGUGAUAUUUGCAAUGGUUGAUGAUUUGCAUGAAAAGAUGGUAGAAUAUUCAAGGCGUGAUGGUGCAGAAAAAGAGAUGAGAAGCAUGGAAGGGACUCUGAAGCUUGCAAUGGAGCUCCUGGCGAGUGUGUACUUGCAGUUCCUGAAGCCGAUAACAAUGAGCCCUGGAUUUAGAACUUUUUGGCUUGGAGUAUUGAGAAGAAUGGAUACGUGCAUGAAGGCUGAUCUGGGUGAUUAUGGGGAAACAAAAUUGCAAGAAGUAAUACCUGAUCUGCUGAGAAAGAUUAUUACAAAGAUGAAGGAAGAAGAGAUUUUAGUUCCCAAGGAAGAUGAUGAUUUAUGGGAUAUUACAUAUAUUCAGAUUCAAUGGAUUGCUCCUUCUUUAAAGGAGGAACUGUUUCCUGAUUUAGAACUUUAG